AAGGAAACGAAAUUGAGAAAAGCUUUCAGUUUAGUGCUUUCAUUCGAAGGUGAAACAUCAUGUUGUGGAUAAUAUUUGUGUUAUUCCUAGUGCAUCCAUCGAUGCAGCGACGACAAACAUUUAAGUGCAACGAUUAUGUUACGGAAUCAACUAGUUUCCAUCGUUCUGGCAUUGCUUUUCGUCACGGACCUCAUUACGUCUGCUAUUUAUCGAAUGUCAUACAAAUGUCCAGUGUCAUUCAAAUUGUACACGACAUAUCAUCACAUUCUUAUGUUGAUGGCAAGAAUGGCUUAAUAGAGCCAAAAGAAGUCGGUGCGAUUGUUGUGAAAAAUUCAAAUUUAAUAAUUGUACCAUCGCAGCUGUUCCAAUCGUUUAAAAGUUUAUUGGUCUUUCGGGCAUCGGAUGUCAAUUUGAGACAAAUAUCACGCGAUGACUUUAAAGAUGCUGAACAUUUGACAAUUUUACAUUUGGACAGAAAUCAAAUUACGGAUCUUGAGGAUGGACUUUUGUCGUACUUAAAGAAAUUACAGCGACUCGACUUGUCAAGGAAUCAAAUUACAGCAAUCAAUGAAGAGACAUUCCGAGGAUGCAGCAGUGACUUGUAUGAAGUUGAUUUGUCAUACAACAGAAUAUCAGAACUGGAUUAUAGCACCUUGAUUCCAUUAGCACACACAAAAAAAUUGUCAGUGGAACUAAAUUUAAAUUACAAUGAAAUUAAGGAAGUUCGUGAAAGUCAUAGCGUGUCGCAUUUAACAUUCGAGGCACUUCUUCUUAAAAAUAAUUUAAUUGAGUGCUUUACAUGCCCAGACAUGAAGAUUGGUGAGCUGCACCUGGAAAGUAAUCGACUCUCGGUUGUAUCGUUUGAUAAUUGCUCGGUUGAGUAUCUUGUGGCAUCAAAAAAUCAUCUCAGGUGGCUUCACAUUCACAAUGACUUAAAAGGACUUGUUGCGUCUCAGAACAACAUCAGAAGCUUCGUGAUCAGCGGUGAAAAUUCAGAAAUUUUCCAUUUUGACUUGAGUGAGAAUGAGAACAUUGGUCAUGUCUUUCCAACGCUGAAAACUUUAGGGGAAUUGCAAUUUUUGAACAUGUCUUAUUCUUACAUUGGAGUCUUGCAUGAAGACACAUUCUCAAAUAUGAAAGACUUAAAGUAUUUGCUUCUUAAAGGCUGCAGCAUUGAGAUCAUUCCAUUUGAAAUAUUUGGCAAUAACAAGCAUUUAAUCACAUUGGAUAUAUCUGAUAAUUUACUCGAAAGUGUAGAUUUGCACAUGUUUACUGGAUUAGAUCGAUUAAGGCUUCUUGACUUAUCGAGAAAUAAAUUGCGAAAACUUGAUGGAUUUGAGAGAAUCAGACUGAUCAUGCCAGAAUUGAGAGAAAUAAAUAUUUCCAAUAAUCAAUUUGAAUGCCAUGACUUAUCAGUCAUCAUGAAAACAUUUGAAUCUAUUGGAGUUAAUGUUAUUAAGAGUCAUGAUGGACCUGAGGCUAAGAAGAAUGUGGAUGGGGUUGCGUGCUUCUGAGCUUAAGCUUGAUUAUGGAAGAAAUCUUAUGCGAACCUAGCUCUACUUUUAAGUUUAAUGUUUUGUAUCAAAAAUAAUUUUUGAAAUUAAUCUUAUUGGAAUUUUCUUAUAGAAAUGAAAUUAAAUGUUUUUAAAUAAAUUUGGUUCAUAGAUUCUUCAAAUAAAAUGCAUACUUAAUAAAGC